AACAGCAAUUUAUCUAUCGGCGAUGUAACCUUCCCACAAGUUGGGUUUCUUAAAGCAAACAACGAUCUACUCAAUGCAUCUCCGAAAAUUUGAAUUUUUUUAUUUGUCGUACUGUCCAUUUGUUUGGAAACGAAAAAGAAAAAUAGAAAAGUGUUUUAUGUUAUUGGAAACAAAGACUUGAAAUUAGGAAAUUGAACAGACUCCUACGUCUUUCUACACACAACUUUGUAGAGUCCGCCAUUGAAGAUUUUCAUUGAUACAGGCAUUCAGUUUAUCAGUGAUCAAAAUCUCUGCCAUGCCUAAAGGUCGAAAGAGAGGAACGAAGAAUAAAGGGAAAGGAGUUGAGGAAGGGUUUGAUGACCAUCAUGAAACACACAGUGUUGCAUCAAGUCAAGAGACACUUGAAACACUAAGUAAUCACACUGAUGAUUUGGAAAGCACGGAUGGUACUGAUGUGGAAGAGGUGGAAACAAACUUUGAAUCAAUUUUGGAAGAAAACAUUGAGAAUGCCACUGACAAGAAUGCUAAGCUACGUCAGGCAUCUAUGAAAGCUAUGCGAGGGACGUUUGCAAGCCACCGCAUAUUUGACCUUGUCGCGGAAAGGAAAGACACGAUACUUGAUAUCAUUGAAAAAUCAUUGAAGAGAGGUCAGGCUGAAGACCAGGUGUGUGCAGGUCCCUUGGCAGUGCUUUUGUGUAUUCAACUGGGGUAUGGCUCAGAAAGCAAGCAAAUUUUUCAAUCUCUUAAGUCACUUUUGUUAGCAACUUUACAAGAUCCAACUGCCAAAGUUUCUGCACGAACAAGUUGUGCAAAUGCUUUGGCUUUAUGCUGUUUUCUUGCUUCAGAAGAACAUGAGGAUAUUGUUAAUUGUCUCAACGCUCUUCAAAAGGUGUUUUCUUCAGCUCACUCGGCUGCAUUAUCAACUUUGUUUUGCGAGUGCUUGUUUUCUUGGGCUCUUCUCUUGUCUGUAGCUCCUGAGAGUUUGGUUGAGGAAUGUGUUAAAAAGCAAUGUCGAAGAAUACUCAAGUUGAUGAACAGCGAUGACGUCAACUUACGAAUUGCCGCGGGUGAAGUGUUUGCACUUAUUUGUGAAGUAGGCCGAGAGAAAAUUGAAGACUUUGAACCACAGCAAUUUGGUUCAUUAGACAUUCUCAAAGAUCUCGCAACAGACGGUACAAAACAUCGAGCUAAGAAAGAUCGUCGCCAACAAAGAUCGACGUUUAGGGACAUAUUGGGUACCAUUGAGGAUGGCGUUGUGCCCGAAGAGAUUGUAAAAUUUGGUAACGAGACAAUGAAUCUCGUUACUUGGACACAAAGAAGACAAUAUGCUGCAUUUAAAGAUCUUCUUGGGCCUGGAAUAAAUUUACAUUUGAAGGAGAACUUAUUAUUACGAGACGUUUUUGACCUGGGACCUGUACAACUCGAUACAAAAGCGGUAGAAAAGCCCUCGAAGGAUCAAAGAAAAACGUUUAACAACCGGGCGUCAAAAGCUAGAACAUUAUCCCGUGCUAAGCAUCGUGAUAAAAGAAGUUUUGUUCACUGACUUAGAGUAUAGAGAUAUGAUAUUCUUUAGGAUUUAGAAAUAGUAUUUUUUUGCUACAGAUUACAAUGUCAAACAGUUUUAACUCAUGCCUGGUUAUGAUACAGUAUCAAUCAAAACAUUCAAAACUAACUUAGAUAAAUUUUUGAUGAUGAUUUUGGUUUACUAUAGUCCUAUUAGAAUUAAAAAGAGGAAUUGUGAAAGCGCAA